AUGAUUAAUGACGCGGAUGACGUGGAGCUCAUUGAUUGGCUAGAAAAGAAAGAUGAGAAUUCAACUCUUUUUGUCAACUUUGGGAGUGAGUAUUUUUUGACAAAAGAAGAUAUGGAAGAGAGAGCUUUUGGAUUGAAGAUUAGUAAUGUUAAUUUCAUAUGGGUUGUAAGAUUUUCAAAGGGAGAAGAACAAAAUCUUGAAGAGGCAUUACCACAAGGUUUUCUUGAAAGAAUUGGAGAAAGGGGAAAAGUUUUGCAAAAAUGGGGACCAAAAUCAAGAAUUCUCAAUCAUACAAGUAUUGGUGGAUUUAUAAGUUAUUGUGAUUGGAGUUCUAUAAUAAAAUGUUUAGAUUUUGGGGUUCCUAUAAUAGCCAUGCCUAUACAUCUUGAUCAGCCAAUGAAUGCUAGGUUGAUGGUAGAACUUGAGAUUGUUAGAGAUGAUGAUAGCAAGAUUCACAGAGAAGAAAUUUUGCAAGUUCUUGAAAGUGUUAUAUCUGGCAAAAUAGGGGAAAAUUUGAGUACCAAAGUUAGAGAUAUUAGCAAGAAUUUGAAAUCUAUAAGAGGUGAAGAGAUCGAUGCAACUGCUGAAAAGCUAAUUCAACUUUCUAUUUCAUGGCAAUUUGCAGCUAGUUUUAAGGCUGUUACGUGGCUGAUUUUGCUGGAUUUGAGGAUAGUUUAUGAGCUGGUUCAGCUGCGCUUUUGGUGGUAUUUUAAUGGAGGUUUUUUGAUGGUUUUGAGCUGGAGUUUUAUGGAGAAAGAAGAGGGUUGGUGGCUGAAGGUUAUUUUUGGUGGGGAAGGGAUCUGA